GUACUUUGAACCAUUAUUUGUUCAGAAGUAACUAGUGAAAAACUAACGUACAGUAAAAACAAACAGAAGUCAAAAUGUUUUCACGAUCGAUGCUGAAAAGUGUAACAUAUCAAAAUCUACUGAGAACAUUUUCAUCAAAGGCUGAUUAUGCUACAGGGUACAACUUUGAACUAAAUGAUAUGCAAAGAGAAAUGCAGGAAUUGGCACGUAAAUUUACAAAAGAAGAAAUUAUUCCAGUAGCUGCCGAAUAUGAUAGAAGUGGAAAAUAUCCAUGGGAUAUUGUAAAAAAAGCAUGGAGUUUGGGUUUGCUGAAUAAACAUAUUCCUGAACAUUGUGGAGGAAUGAAUGUUGGUAUUUUUGAUGGUUGUUUAGUGGGAGAAGAAUUUUCUUAUGGUUGUACAGGAAUAGGAACUGCACUAGAAGGAUCAGGAUUAGGCCAAGCUCCUGUAGUUGCAUUUGGCACAAAAGAACAACAAAAAAAAUAUCUUGGAAGACUCAUCGAAGAACCACUUGUUGCUGCAUACUGUGUAACUGAACCUGGAGCUGGAUCAGAUGUGGCAGGUAUUAGAACAAAAGCUGAAAAGAAAGGAAACGAGUGGAUCAUUAAUGGAACAAAAAUGUGGAUAACAAAUGGAGGUGUUGCUAAUUGGUACUUUUUAUUAGCAAGAACAAAUCCUGACCCGAAAGCUCCAGCUAAUAAAGCUUUCACAGCUUUUAUCGUUGAACGCGAAACUGAAGGUUUAACACCUGGGCGAAAAGAAAUGAACAUGGGUCAGAGAGCUUCCGAUACUAGAAUGAUAACAUUUGAAGACGUUCGUGUUCCACAAGAAAAUGUUUUAGGCAAGGAAGGCGAAGGAUUUAAAAUCGCCAUGAAAACUUUUGACAGAACUAGACCAAUGGUUGCCACCGCAGCUGUUGGUUUAGCUAGAAGAGCUCUUGACGAAGCUACAAAAUAUGCAACGGAACGUAAAACAUUUGGUAAACCAAUAGCAGAACAUCAAGCUGUAGCAUUUAUGCUCGCAGAUAUGUCGAUCGGUGUUGAAACUGCCAGACUUGCUUGGAUGAAAUCAGCUUGGGCUGCCGAUCACAAUCUUCCAACAACCACAGUUCUUGCCAGUAUUGCAAAGUGUUACGCUGGUGAUGUAGCUAACAAAUGUGCAACAAAUGCUGUUCAAAUCUUUGGCGGUGCUGGUUUCAACACCGAGUAUCCGGUAGAAAAAUUAAUGCGUGAUGCAAAAAUUUAUCAAAUUUAUGAAGGUACUGCGCAAAUUCAGAGAAUUAUAAUCUCGCGUUAUUUGAUUAAUGAGGCUACUCAAAAAAAUGCGUAAUACUUUAAAUAAGAAGUUUAUUUCCAACGUUAACUCAGAAUAAUAUUUUAUAUGUAUUUUUGCGAUCUCUAAUUCGCCGAAUUUUUACGGUAUAUGCUACGUAUAUAUAUGUGUGUAUAUAUAUAUAUAUA